AGAAAACGAAGAACAAAAAAUUUUUUAAAAAAAGGGAAAAAAACUGUAAAUUCCUAGGUUUUUACCAAAUCAAAGUACCCAGCUUAUUUAAAUUCCAGUUGCUUGAUUCUUGAUUGAAACCCAUGAAUCAAUUCUAGCAGCAAUAUCGAACCCUUUUCAUCUAUUGGAAAAACCAAGACUUUUCCCCAUUUUUUUCAUCAGAAUAUGGAGAAGAAGUAGUAGCAUUUAAAGAACUUGCUUUUCCCUUUCUUCCACCGUGUCAACCACCGUCAGCGCCGCCGUUUAAAGCGGAGUAUUCCCCAAAUCUUGAACACCCAUUUCUUCAAUACCCCAAAAUUUUAAUACCCAUUUCUUGAAAGCUUUGUACAAUGUCUCAUCUUGAUGAUAUUCCGUCAACGCCGGGGAAAUUCAAGAUGGAGAAAUCGCCGUUCAUCCACGGUCGAAUGAGGUGGCAUUGGCAAUCUUCACUAGCGAAGCUCAGUUUCUGGUCAUUAAUCUUCACCGGCGUGAUUUUCAUAUUCUUCUUCCGAUCUCCGUCGUCGAAUUCGAUCGCUCAAGACCCUUCUCGCCGCUCUCUCCGUACUUACAAUUGGGGAGGACCCGUUUGGGAAAAACGGGUCCGUUCUUCCGCCCGAGUCCGUUCUCAUAACGGGUUCUCCGUUUUGGUCACCGGAGCCGCCGGUUUCGUCGGUACCCACGUCUCAGCCGCCUUGAAAAAGCGCGGCGACGGCGUCCUGGGACUCGAUAAUUUCAACGACUAUUACGAUCCUUCGUUGAAACGAGCUCGGCAAGCGCUUUUGGAGCGCAGUGGGGUUUUCAUCGUUGAAGGAGAUAUCAAUGAUUCCGCUCUUUUAAGGAAACUUUUCGAGGUCGUCGCCUUCACCCACGUUAUGCAUUUGGCUGCUCAAGCCGGCGUCAGGUACGCCAUGGAAAACCCUGGCUCUUAUGUGCAUAGCAAUAUUGCUGGUUUCGUUAAUUUGCUCGAAGUUUGCAAGUCGGCAAAUCCGCAGCCAGCGAUCGUGUGGGCGUCUUCGAGUUCGGUUUACGGGCUUAAUAGCAAAGUUCCAUUCUCAGAACGAGAUCAGACUGAUCACCCUGCUAGUUUGUAUGCUGCUACUAAGAAAGCCGGUGAAGAGAUUGCUCACACAUAUAAUCAUAUAUAUGGACUCUCUUUAACUGGUUUGAGGUUCUUCACUGUUUAUGGUCCUUGGGGAAGGCCGGAUAUGGCGUAUUUCUUCUUCACUAGGGACAUUUUUAAAGGGAAGUCGAUACCGAUAUUCGAGGCGGCUAAUCACGGCACGGUGGCUCGGGAUUUCACCUACAUUGAUGACAUCGUAAAAGGGUGUCUAGCUGCAUUGGAUACUGCCAAGAAGUGUACCGGUAGCGGAGGGAAGAAGAAGGGUCCGGCUCAAUUCAGAAUAUACAAUUUGGGGAAUACUUCGCCGGUGCCUGUUUCGGAGCUCGUGAGUAUUCUCGAGAGGCUUUUGAAGGUUGAGGUAAAGAGGAACUUCAUGAAGUUGCCACGGAACGGGGAUGUUCAGUUUACGCACGCCAAUAUUAGCUUGGCUCAAAGGGAGCUUGGAUAUAAGCCCACGACCGAUUUGCAUGCCGGGUUGAAGAAGUUUGUGAGGUGGUAUCUCGGUUUCUAUUCCAACGGGAAGAAAGCUGCCGAAUAACUAUCGUUCUCUGUAUCGCGGUAGGAUCGAAUCCUCUGAAUUAUUGUUCAUUAUUAUUCGUAUUAACUUGCUUAAGUAUCGAUAUUCGACAUUAUCUAUAAUGAUUGUUGUAUAAGGAGGUACAUUAUUGUCCUGCUUUGAAGAAGUUUUUUAAUCAGUGGGCAAACACUGUAUCAAAAGAAUAAUUGAACAAUCUUUUGCCUUUCCCCUUGGAAUGUAAUUUUUGCAGUUUUUGGCCUUGGACAAGACCAUAUGCUGAUUGAUGGACCUGUAUCAUUGUUAUGCAAUUUCAAUAAAAAUAGCACAUAAACUUUAUCU